AACACCACCACUCCCGGCAUCGACAGCCUGCCCUCCUGCGCUGUUCCCUGCAUUCAGAUCGCCGUCAAGUCGGCAUCCACCUGCCAGCUUGAUGAUCUCCCUUGCCUGUGCAAACAGCGCGCAAAGAUUGCACAGUCUGCCAAGAAAUGCAUCCUUAGUACAUGUGGUGCCAAAAAGACCUUGAGUACGUAUUUU